GAAUUAAAAUACCAAAUUACUUUGAAGAUGUCAAAUAAAGGUUGCUCCAAUUUUUUCAGAGUUGUGCUUGUGACAAUUAAUGUUCUCUUCUUUAUUAUCGGAGUGUUCAUGUUUUCGUUUGGAGCUGCAUUAAAAGCCAAUCCAAUUGGUUUAUUCAGCUUGUUCACGGACACUUUUAAAAGCAAUUUCCAAAUUGAGAAUGCUCUGAGCGGUGUGACAGACACAGUGGGGAUAUUCAUGGUGGUAGUUGGAUGUGUUGUUGCCGCUCUUUCGUUGUGGGGAAUUGUUGCGGCCAUUUUGGUCAACAAGCCGAUGCUCAUUAUAUUUGCCAUAAUUGUGUUACUGGUGCUGGGUGCGGAGAUUGCUCUUAUCAUCGUCGUCGUGCUCUAUCCCAACGCUAUCAACGUGUGGCAAGAGACAGACUUCAAAUCCGAUGAUGUUUAUUACUAUAAUAGAAGCGCAAUUGUGCCUCCUAUGACUGGCAUGGGAAGAUUUUGGUAUCUUGUUCAGAACAAAUUCGAUUGCUGUGGUGUGAGAAACAGCAAUGAAUUCAACAUUACCAUGACUAGCGAUAAAAGAUUUCCAAACUGUUCAAGCCCAUCACUUUUUCCGUUUUGCAACAGUACAUUAUAUGUUCCAGCAUCUUGCUGUAAGAAGCUGGUUCUCAGUCAAGCUUAUUUUACUGGAGAAUCAGAUUUCGUAAACUUGGCCGAGUGCGUCAAGUUGCCAAACGACAAAAAUCCCAACUACAUCAACAGCAUUGGAUGUCUGGACGCAUUUUAUAAAUCAUCGGCAGUUAUCCCGAUAGCCAUUGCUGCUGUUACAAUGGGAAUCAUGUGCUUCCUGUGUCGUUCAUUUGAAAAGGUCAGAAACCGUUUAAAGGUGCUGAGAGCUUCUGUUUUAAUAUUCAACCAUUUUCUGCUUCAACUUGAAAAACAACACAACUUCGUACAGAAUUAUUUUAUCAGUAAAACGCUUGUCGCCUAUGCUCUGCACAAGUAUAAAUAUGUUCCUAAUCUUGAGCAUGCGGAGUUUAAUUUUCUAACCAUAAUGGCCCCACUUUUCAUAAACCUCUUACUCUAUGGCACUUUAUACAUACUCGUAUUAUUUUUUUGUGUUCUUCUCAUUAUAAACUGCAGGAAGCAGGAGCAGGAAUGA